AUGGCUCAGAAAAAUGCACGCGUAGCACGUUUCCUGGAUGCAGCUCAAGAGCCAAAGAAAGAAUUAACCCCUAUCGAAGGCUAUGAAAAAACAGAUAUCAUGACACUCCAACAAUCGAUGCAGUCAAUGGCUACAACGCUUCAUAACCUCGACACAAUGGUUAAGAUAGCUUUGCGAAAUUCACGUAAACCAGCCAAUGAUCUCACUUCAGAUGAAUCAGCAGCAAUUCAUCUAUAUACAAUGCAGUGGCCUGAAACACAUGCCAGUGUUUAUGCUUCACUCAACGAAGAUCUACGUUGUCAAAAUAGAAGAAAUCUCAUACCAUGGUUUCCAUACAUGAAAUUGUUUUUUACGGCUUUAUACAAGUUACCAUCAUUAAGAGGCACUAUUUGGCGUGGCGUCCGCGGUAAUUUAAAUGAUGCCGUUGGUGAAGAUUUAAUAUGGUGGGGAAUGAGCUCAUGUACUGAAAAGGUCAACAUAAUGGAACAUUUUGUUGGCACUGAUGGUGAGCGAACUUUGUUCAAUAUUGAAUGCACCAAUGGCAAAUCUAUUCGAGCCCAUUCUUACUUUGAGGAAGAGGAAGAAGUUUUACUCUUGCCAGGUACCUAUCUGCAGGUAAUCGGUAGAUGGAGUCCAUCCAAAGAUGUGCACAUCAUUCAUUUACGAGAGGCACCUGCCCCGUAUCAAACCAUUGCACCGCCAUUUGAGACAUCGUCGACAGCAGGCGACUUGCCAUCUCUCAAAUCACUGGCAAUAUCGGAGAAAUCACCAAAAACAUCAGCAGCUGCCACUGCGGCUGCAAAACAAUCUGUAUCAAAAACAGCAGCGCCCGCGGCAACAAAGUCUAAAUUUCAAAAUGCAACACUGGAGAAAGUACAAUGUGAAAAUGAACGAAAAAAAUUUAUUAAAAAAUAUUUAGUUAUUGGUAAUACACAUGAAUUAAUAUCAAGCGAUAAUGAUAAGACAAAAUAUAAAUGGACACUUUUUGUUGAAUUAAAUAAUGACGAUCAAGAUGAAAUUGCUCAGUAUAUAAAACAAGUCACAAUGGAUCUACAUCCAACAUUUAAACCAUCGCAAAUUAUUCUUAAUAAACCUCCGUUUCGUUUAACAAAAACUGGAUGGGGAGUAUUUAGAAUUAAGCUUACGAUCGAAUUUCAUGAUCAAUGGAAAAAAUCUGAUUUUCAUACAAGUUGGGAUUUAUCAUUUUCAGAUGCAGAAAAUCAAAAAACAAUUGAAAUUGAAUUUCAAUAA